UCCGUCUUGUGAUAUAACCCUAGCUAGCUGGGAAGAGAACAACACCUCUCUCUCGCACCUCUCUAUCCCAUUCUCCGCCCUCUCACUCUUUUCUUACAUUUUCUCCAAACCCUAAUCUCGAUUUCCCCCAAAUCCCAGAUCUCAAUCUCCUUUUUUAUUUAUUUAUAUAAUUUAAUUGUAAAAUCAGGUUCAAAUUUCGAUCUCAAUAGAAUUUGUCGUUUUUUUUUGUUCAUUUUAGAUAUAGAUAAUAAUAAAACUGCGAGCUUAAUUAAGCGUCAAAGCUUCGAUUUUGAGUUAUAAAUUAAUAGUGUAUUAAACACUGAAAACGGUUUUUUGUUGGUGUUGAAUCGCGUUGUUAAGAAUGGUUGGUGGUGGAAGCAGAAGGGAUGAGGGUUCGUUGGUAAUUUCCAACACCAACGUUUUUGCAGCGCUUGAUACUUUGAAGAAGAAGAAGAAAUCUGAUAAGGACAAGAAGAAUAAGGGUUCCUCAAAAUCAACCAAAUCGGAAUCGGAAUCGCAGGCGUUUUGGGCUCCGGCACCGUUGAAUGCGACCUCAUGGGCUGAUGUCGAUGACGACGAUGAUGAUUAUUAUCUGACCACCGCACCGCCUCAAUUUUCUGACCCUCAGCCCAGUGAGGACAAACCGGAGCAUUUUGAGGAAUCUGAGAGUGAAGAAGAUAUUUUAGAUGAAGGUGAUGAGGAGGUAGAGGAAGAGCAAGAUCAUGAAUCAGAACCAGAGUACACUGUGAAACCUGAACCUGAGGUCAAGAAGAAUGCUGAAGUUCCAGCUGCACCAAAGGAGGCCGAACGUCAACUCUCCAAAAAGGAAAGGAAGAAGAAGGAACUUGAAGAGCUUGAGGCUCUUUUAGCUGAUUUUGGAGUCACACAGAAUGAAAACAAUGAUGGUCAAGGCCAAGAUGAAUCCCAAGGUGCACCUCAGGAUAAGAAAGGUGUUGAUGGGGAUGUAGAUGGCGAAAAGAAAGAAAUCACUGCUGAGUCCAAGAAUGCCAAGAAGAAGAAAAGGAAGGAUAAAGCUUCCAAGGAGGUGAAAGAGUCUAACGGUCAGCCCAACAGUUCUGAUGUUGAAAAUGCAGAGGAGGAUUCAUCAGUUGUUGAUGUGAAAGAGCGUCUUAAGAAAGUUGCUUCUAUGAGGAAGAAAAAAUCCAGUAAAGAAAUGGAUGCUGCUGCUAGAGCUGCUGCUCAAGAGGCUGCUGCAAGGAACGCAAGGCUUGCUGCCGCGAAGAAGAAAGAGAAGAACCAUUACAACCAACAACCUGUGCGGUAAAAGAACCUUGCUCUCCUUUACAUCAAUACAGGAAUUUGUAUUCCUUGUUCAUAUGAUGAUGCCGAAUAAACAGUUGGCUUAGCGCUUGGUUACUAUUACUAGUCGUAUUCCAAUGGACUUGAGAUAUUGUCUUAAACUUUUUGGAUUUGUGCUGUUCAAUUGUUAUAGACUGACAUUUCAGCACAGAAAAUUUUAGCUUUAAAAAUUUACAUGAACUACUUUUUGUGUACUGGGGUUGUUUUGGUUUUGUGGCGGAUUAAUUAGUUUUGGGUUGAGAAGUUGAAGUUUACUCUUGAAUGUACUGUGUUGUUACUUAUAUGGAGUAAUGAUAACUUAGUGAAAUUAAUCCCUGUU